AUAAACAGAGACGUCAAUGACUUCGGUUUUAAAAGGCCUAUCGAUUCACACAACCAGAGUAACAUGUCCAUACUAUCAGCCGUUUUAGACGGACAUGACACUUUUGAGUCAGGUAAUGGUACAUGUGCGUGGGAUCCGUUGGAACGCGAUCAAAAGUGAGCAAAGAAAGCAUGUGCGCGAAAGUUGACAGAAAAUACUAUCAGAGUGAAACAUGAAAUUGAAUCAAUCGUUACAUAUUUGAAUGAGUCAAUCGAGUCAGUUAAAGAGACAGGUACUCGUGGAUUGACCGCACACGUAAUAAAAGUGAAAGUGGUGGUUGUAUCGGCCAUUAUGGGCUGCGUUGGCUCUACCGCUUCAGACACAGAGAAAGGUGUACGAGAACUAUCGAUAUGUACAGCCAUAGGGAUGCAAACCAUAGAAUCAGCUGUAAUGGACGCCAACGACACUAUUGCUUCAGGGACAGAGGCUGGUGUACGAGAACUGUCGAUAUCUACAGCAAGAGGGAAGCAGGACAUAGAAUCAGCUGUAAUGGACGGCAACGACACUAUUGCUUCAGGGUCAGAGGCAGGUGCACGGGAACUCAAGAUAUGUACAGCAAGAGGGAAGCAGGAAAUAGAGUCAACUGUAAUCGAUGCGAAAAGGGAAUUUGAAGAUUUCAAGUCUAAGAAGGAUGACGAGGAUUACAAUUCGAAAUGCAAAGGAAUGUGGCAAGUUUUGAUGAAUAAUUACAACAUUAGACUUUCUCAUGUGACAUCCUCACCAUUGAAUGACUGGGUUCAAGCAAAAAUACAUAACAUUUAUAUGUCACCCAAUUUGCAGUUGAUGGCUAAAAACAAGGCAUCGUUCAAGAAAACUGGAACACAAAUUAAGGAUUACAAAAAAGUGUUUUCAGGGGAUAAUAAAUUAAAUAAACAUAUAUUUAUUCAGGGCGAGGCCGGGUCCGGAAAAACAACUUUUCUUGCCAAAUUAGUUAUGGAUUGGUGUAGUGUAAAUACGACCCAUUCAUUCGAACCGUUGCAGACGGACGAAACUAACACUAUUGAAUCAGAUGCACGAAUGAGAUGCACUUAUUUGUUUGAAGAUUUAACGAUUCUGAAAGUUUACAAGUUCGUCUUCCUUAUCACGUUAAGGGAAUCAGUUAAGCAGAUUGACAUUUUUGAGAUGACAAAACAGCAAAUUAUUGACUCCCUUUACGGAACAGAAGGUCGCGAUAAUGCGUACAAACUACUGACUAAGAUUAUGGAGCGUGAACGUUGCUUGGUUCUGCUUGAUGGUCUAGAUGAGUGGACAGGCAAUGGGGGUCAUUACCUACCGACAUUAGCAGCAUCCCACAGACAGUGUGAUGUGUUGAUUACAACUCGGCCUUGGAAAUUAACCGAACUAAAAAUACCAGACUCGAAAAUUGACAAACUACUGCAACUAGAAGGAGUUAACGAGCCUUUCGAUGUCAGCAAAAGAUAUAUCGCAUGUGUAUUUGAUUGCAAAGAAAACACGGAUUUGGAUAUUAUUCAUCUGAAUUUGAAUCGUACAUAUUAAACAAUGGAUUGUACGAGCAGUUGGUCUCACCAAUGAUGUUGUCGCUGAUAGUACAUUUAUGGGUAGAAAAAAAUGAAAUAAAAGGAUCAAAAUGUGAAAUAUACACUCUAUUAAUGGAAAGUCUUCUCAAGAAGGCGAACAGUGAAACGAGGGAAUUUCAAGAACCGCCCUUUCGAUGUUUCACGUCGACGCAGUAUAUUAAACCAAAUAUUGAGAAGGUAGAUUGUUUGGCUGAAGCGGCAUUUAAUUUAUUGUUUUUAGAAAAACGGGAAAAUUCGCUGGUGUUUAGCAGUGCAGAAUUAAAGAAAUACAUCGUAUAUAAACACGAGCAAUUCGGCUUUGCAUUGAAAUCGGGUAUUUUAUCAGCAACAAGAAAGGAAUCUACAUUACGGUCGUCUUCAUCAUUUACUUUUAUCCAUAAGAGCAUGCAAGAAUUCCUCGCUGCUUAUCACAUAGCCCGCAAUUUCCAUCUGAUUCAUGAUGUCAUUUUCGGAUAUCUUACUCUCCAUAAGGAUGCAUAUCUCGACAUAUCCCAGGUGUUUAUAUUUCUGUGCGGACUGGAUAUAUCGACGGCAAAUAUGCUAUCUGUUAAGAUGAAUGAAUGCGAUGUUGCUAGUGGUUUUCAUCCCAAGUACGAAACUGUAUUUCAGAAAACCAUAUUGUCAGGCUACAGAGAAGCAGUUGCCAAUAAACAAACUGACAUCCGUCUCAAACUAAGUCACUUUUACGUCAAUGAAAGCAAUGCAGCAGACUGUCACUCCAUCUGGAAACAUAACACGUCCACCGUCCUUUCCUUAGACAUAGAUAGGGAAGAGUUUAUUGGUGAACAAUUGGGAAUGCCUGCAUCCCGCUACGAAUUUGACCUAUCAUCGUGUCACAAGCUUAAGUCAUUGGAACUCAGCGGAGAAUGGAUAGGGUUAAAAGAUUCAGCAAGUGCGGUUAGCUCGGAUCUUCCAGCCUGGAUAGUUUUACAUUGUGCAGAUCCCACACAUUGUAGAGACCCUCAACCAGUACUGUCAUCCAUAAGAAAGAUUGUAUUACGGUCUCUCAAAUGGUCAUCUACCUGGUUACGCAGUCUGUUCUACACGCUUCUUACACUGCGUCAGGAAGUAGAGUGUGUACUGGAGCAAUGUAAAAUAGCGUCUUGUGUUGAGGGCGCGGUCGGCGGAUUAUAUACGUAUACAUACGCAACAAUCAUAACAGGUUUAAACCAUACAUACAAAAUGCUCGACUAUCGGAUAAGUGGCCCUGGUUUGUGGGAGGCACUCUACGGUCUGAAUAUUAAAUAUCUGAGUUUGAAAGUAAGGAUGGAAGAUUUAAACACGAAACAAGAUUUGCCAUUGUUGAAGACAAUACAAUCAAUCAAACAGCUUGAACAGCUUUGUAUUGAUGCGGAUAAUGAGAGUCCUGAGCUUAUGGAGACCAUGUUCAGCUUCAAUAGCAAGUGUGUGACUCUGAGUCGUAAUGGUGGUAGAAAUGGUCUGGUAUUUAGUCACGUUUCGGUGCGGUGUUAUGCUUUAUUAGUAUCCAGACAAAUGGACCAUAUUUACAUUGACGUAAAUGCCGAUCCCGAUUUGUUUGAGCGUCUGUAUGGUCUGAAAAUCAAGAGUCUGGCACUUUUUGGCAAUGCAGAACGUUUGGAAGCGAGUCAUGCAUCGUUGCUGUCAAAUGCGCUUUCGUCGCUCGAACAACUUGAAGUAAUUAGAAUUAUUGUGCAAAAUGACAGUCAGGAUCUCUGGGAGACUCUGUUUGGUCUCAAGAUCAAAAUUCUGAAUAUUGGUACUGAGCAGAACGGCUUGGAAGUGAAAUAUGUAUCGUCUUUAUUGACUUCGUUAUCAUCUCUUAAACAACUUGACACUAUUAUGAUAAUCGUGAAAAAUAACAUACCCGGAUUGUUUGAGGCUCUGCAUGAUCUGAAAAUCAAGAGUCUGAUCUGGGAAGAGGAACAUCUCCCAAAUUCACAAUUUCCACAAAAGCUUUCAUUUGAAUUCGAAUAUUAUUCUACUGGUCUUGUAGAGGCUCCUUACAUAUUAAAUGUCAAGAGCUUGAGCCUGGUAUUGUGGAGGAGAUUUGAUGAUUUGGGAGUGAAUCAAAAAUCGUUGCUGUCACAGUUUUUAUCAGCACCAAAACAGCUGGAAACGCUUUGUAUGGAAGUACUUGACAGUACCGCUCUGUGGGAGGCUCUACAUGGUCUGGCAAUCAAAAGUCUGAGUCUGAGUGGUGUGUCUUCACGUUUGAAAUUGAACAAUAUUUCGUCGUUAUCUUGGGCACUAUCAUCACUCACACAGCUGGAAACGCUU